AAAUUAAAUUAGGUAAAAUCAUCAUUCUUAUUAAUAUAAAUUUACUUUUCAGGUUUGUUUAGCAUCGAAUCCGGACUCAAAGUUUAUGUGUAAAGUACACUGAGAGAAAAAUCCGGGCCUAAUCUAAUCGGAAAAUCCGAUGAAAGAGUAACAAACAGAUAUUUCCGAUAAACGUGAUCGGAAAAAAAACCGUUGAAGACUAAUCGGAAAUAUCCGUUUGUUACUCUUUCAUCGGAUUUUCCGAUUAGAAAUAUCCGCUGAGGAAAUUCCGAUUAGAAAAUAUCCGUUAAGAAAGUUCCGAUCGCACGGAUGGAAACGGGAACGCACCACCAUGCCGUGCACUAUGUCCUCCGAUCGCACGGAUGGAAACGGGAACACACCACCAUGCCGUCCACUAUGUCCUCCGAUCGCACGAAUGGAAACGGGAACGCACCACCAUGCCGUGCACUAUGUCCUCCGAUCGCACGUAUGGAAACGGGAACGCACCACGAUGCCGUGCACUAUGUCCUCCGAUCGCACGGAUGGAAACGGGAACGCACCACGAUGCCGUGCACUAUGUCCUCCGAUCGCACGGAUGGAAACGGGAACGCACCACCAUGCCGUGUAACUGUCUGCUGUAUUUUUGGGUUGUAGGAUUUUAAAAUAACGUAACAACUUGUGUGACUAACUCAUAACCUCCUUCUUUAUUCUGCGCUCUGCCACGCGCCUCCUACACAACCU